CCGUACUCGAUCCAUUUUCCGUCAAAACCACAGAAACUCUCCCCAAAAAACUGGGGAUGCCAAAAAUCAGAGAAUCUUCCAAUUCCCUUCUUAAAUCCUCAAUCACCAAUUCGUUCAUGUCGUCAAUCCUCCCUUAAAUCCAUUAUCCAGCAUAAAAAGUACCAGCCUUCCACUACUACUACAUAAGGAAACAAAUAAAAUAUUAAAACCAACAGCUUCCACCCUAAACCGCCAUGCCUUGGUUCAGAAAUCUCAUCCCCCUCUCCUCCUCUACGACCUUCGGAACACACUCGUCGCUCAAACCCAUCACUACUGCUACGUCACUUUCCUAUGCUUUCGCCCACCAGUUGCUACAGUUCAGCACCGCCGCCACCGAAGAGAAGGCGGCGGAGGCGGAGGUGAGUGAUAAAGGCAGUGGAGCUGGUACUGUUGCCGCGACGUAUGCUGGGCUUGCGCCCACAAAGGGGGAUGAGAAGGCGAGGGUGGUGGUUUUGGGCUCGGGAUGGGCCGGAUGCAGACUCAUUAAAGAUAUCGAUACCAGCAUUUACGACGUCGUUUGCGUCUCCCCCAGGAAUCACAUGGUCUUCACUCCAUUGCUGGCCUCCACGUGCGUCGGCACUCUGGAAUUCCGGUCUGUUGCCGAACCCAUUGGAAGGAUCCAACCUGCCAUUUCUCGGGAACCCGGUUCGUACUAUUUCCUUGCUAACUCCACCGGCGUUGAUUUCCAAAACCAUCUGGUGAAUUGCCAAACAGUAACUGAUGGGGCUGGUACUUUGGAGCCAUGGAACUUCACCAUUGCAUAUGACAAGCUGGUGAUUGCAGCUGGAGCAGAAGCGUCAACUUUCGGCAUCAGGGGUGUUAAAGAACAUGCCAUUUUUCUACGCGAGGUUCAUCAUGCUCAGGAAAUCCGGAGGAAAUUGCUUCUUAAUCUCAUGCUCUCUGAUGUGCCAGGAGUUAGUGAUGAAGAGAAACGUAGGCUCCUACAUUGUGUAGUUGUUGGUGGUGGUCCAACAGGCGUUGAGUUCAGCGGUGAACUUAGUGAUUUUAUCACGAGGGAUGUCCGCCAGAGAUACGCUCAUGUCAAGGAUUAUAUACGCGUUACUUUGAUUGAGGCAAAUGAGAUUUUGUCUUCCUUUGAUGAUCGCCUGCGGAUAUACGCAACCAAGCAGUUGAUUAAGUCAGGAGUUCGUCUAGUUCGUGGAAUUGUGAAGGAUGUUCAACCUGAGAAGAUAGUUCUUAGUGAUGGGACUGAUGUACCUUAUGGUCUGCUGGUGUGGUCUACUGGCGUUGGCCCUUCACCUUUUGUCAAAUCCGUGGAUGUUCCCAAAUCACCUGGGGGAAGGAUAGGGGUAGACGAGUGGCUUCGUGUCCCUGCUGUGCAGGAUGUUUUUGCUAUUGGUGACUGCUGUGGGUUUCUUGAAUCAACAGGCAAGCCUGUGCUUCCAGCUCUGGCUCAGGUUGCUGAGCGGCAGGGAAAAUAUCUAGCACAAGAACUGAACAGGAUUGGUAAAGCUGGUGGUGGACGUGCCAAUGCUGCAAUGGAUAUCGAUCUUGGGUCUCCAUUUGUCUAUAGGCAUUUGGGGAGCAUGGCGACCAUUGGUAGAUACAGCCUUGUGGACCUCAGGCAGAGCAAGGAGGCAAGAGGAUUAUCUGUGGCUGGAUUUGGAAGCUGGUUUGUCUGGCGGUCUGCUUAUCUUACCCGUGUCAUAAGCUGGAGGAACAGAUUCUACGUAGCAAUCAACUGGUUAACGACCCUUGUAUUUGGCCGUGAUAUAAGUCGGAUAUGAAGGUAACCAGAAGAUUGUGCUCUCUCGCAUUAGAGACAUCCUCGUGUACGUAGCAGCGAAAUAUAUCAUGGAAUUGAUACUCCUGAAUUGACUGCUAACUAGUAAUGUGUGAUUUUGCAAGUAUUUAAGAAUACAAAAUUCAAGGCAAAAAUCGGAACAAAAAUACUACGACACUGAAUCAGAAAAUGAGACGUCGAGGAGCACUUUUAGAUAUUGUCAAGCUUUAGGUUUGUAUACAAUAAUAAAUAUUUCAUUCAGCUAUAGCAGAAUCAAGCUAUGCACUUGAAAGGAGACCAUGUUUUUGGUUGCAGGAACAGGUAUUCGCUGGACAAAUAAAAGGUUUUGCAGAAAUGAUUCCGCAACAGCAGAAGGAAUAAAGCCCUUUGUAUUUUGCCAAAGAAGGAAAAAAAACAAACAAAUUUACUCGUAAUUGGUUGCUUGAUUAAGCAAGCGACCUUCUGUGAUUGGUAUGGUUGCUUCCCUUGUUGUUUGUUCAAUUGGAUUUGAGUAAAUUCAAAAGCACCUUGUGCUCACACAGCUGCUGGACUAAACGAUUCUUAACCCAUUGUUCCCAAAAAAAGACGAUUAUUCUAUAAAAGAUUGAAUUACGCUGUAAAA